AUGAUCAUCAGAAAGACGCUCUGCCUCCUUCUGGCUACUAUUGGUGCUGCUUCUGCCGUGCACUCGCACUCACACUCUCCUGGCCUGGACGAGGACCAUCACGGAGCUUGGCCGCACAGCUCUGCCGAGUUUUCGCCCAUCCCUCUCGUCGAGUUUCCUUCUAACGACAUUCCUGAUCCCUGGACGACCAAGUAUGCCGGCGUGGCCAAGCCUGUCUAUGCUGGCAUCAAUACCUAUGCUCACCUGCCCACGGCGAAGUGCUUGAACGACCCCGAUCAGCUGUUCGAUGUUGCCAUUCUUGGCAUCCCCUAUGACCUAACGGUGACUUACCGGCCCGGAGCUAGAUUUGGUCCAAAUGCUAUCAGGCAGGCCAGUCGAAGGCAGAGAGCAGGACGAACGUUCUCGCUGCACCAUAUGCAAGAUCCAUAUGCCACUGGACUUCGCUUUCUGGACUGCGACGACAUUCCCACCUCUGGCUAUGAUCCUGCUCUAGCCAUCGACCAAAUCGAGGCUGCGUACACGUCUUUGCUGCAGCGUUCUCCCGCUUCCGAUCCUUCUUUGCUUUCCACCGCUCAACCGAGCGCAGCGGUCUCCCCCGAGGCAUGGUCAGCAUUUUCCACCGCGCCUUAUGCAACCGACGCAAAGCCCCACCCCAAGAUAGUCUCACUCGGCGGAGACCACACCAUCGUGCUCCCCAUCCUCCGAUCCCUCCAUCGCUUCUACGGCCCCAUCGCGGUCAUCCACUUUGACGCUCACCUCGACACAUGGCCACCCGAAGUUUCUCCCCACGGCUCACCCACGCGUCAACACCAGAUCCAGCACGGUACGUUCUUCUGGCAGGCCUCUCUUGAGGGCCUCAUCGCUCGCAACCAGUCCAUUCACGCCGGCAUUCGCACUAGGCUGGGUAGCUAUGACGAUAUUGAGCACGACUCUUCCAUCGGAUUUGACAUUAUCACUUCUGACGAUAUUGACGAUCUGGGCAUUCCGACCAUUAUCAGCAACAUCAGGGAGAGGGUUGGGACAAUGCCUGUAUAUCUCAGCAUUGACAUCGAUACGCUCGAUCCAGGGUUCGCUCCGGGCACAGGAACAUUGGAGAGCGCAGGCUGGAGUCCAAGGGAGCUGAGGAGGAUCUUGAGAGGAUUGGAAGGCCUCAACUUCGUCGGUUUUGACCUGGUCGAGGUGAGCCCGGCUUACGAUCAGGCUGAGAUCACGGCUUAUGCUGCCAGCGAUCUCAUCUUUGAAUUUAUGAAUUUGCUGACCCGAGGUAAUGAUAUGCAGGCGAAAGGAAAAGUCGCUGAGCCAAAGCGGAAGGGUAAGAAGAAGGCGAAGAGUAAGCUCGGUGCCCUACUGAGCCACGGUGACGAGCUGUGA